AUGCUUCCAGCAUCGCAAAAACAUCUGCUGACCUGGUAUUCCAACGACGGUCGUACGGCCAGUCAGAUUGACUACAUACUAGUCAGCUCAAGGUUCCGCAGCUGGGUUCACGAUAGCAGAUCGAUGCGUGGUGCCGAGACUGGUAAUGCCCAUGGGUCGGACCAUGUCCUCGUCCGUACACGCCUGAAAGUUCAUUUCUCAUCCGCACCAAAAAUGCUACGUCCUAGACGCCUCAAUGUCGCAAAAAUCCGGCAAGCCAGCACUGCCGAGGCACUAAGCAGAGAAAUCCGGACCUAUUUUACGGCCCGAGUCGACGGAGAAGUCAGUAACCAGUGGUCGUCACUGAAGACGUCAGUCUAUGGGGCAGCUGAGAAAAUCCUUGGAUACACUCAGCGACGCCGCAGUGACUGGAUCAGCGGAAGAACCCUGCAGUUGUCUGCUCAGACGGCUAGAGCCAGGUCCCGCAACGAUGACUACUUCCGCCAACUUCGGAAGAUGACGGCAAAAUCGGCCAGAGAUGACCGGAAACAAUAUUGGGCUGAAAUAGUGACAUCCGUGGAACAGGCCUCGAACGUUGGUGACACUCGAAAGCUCUACCGUCUGAUCCGCCAAGUUAGCGGUAAGCCCUCUACACUGAGUGAAUCUGUUCGCGAUGUGAACGGCGGCUUUAUUGCUGACAACUCGGCCAAAGUCGAGCGCUGGCGUGAGCACUUUGAGCACCAUCUCAACUUCGAUACCCAACCUACAUCGCCCUUGUUCUCCUCCUCAGCGGAGUUUCUUCCCUCUCCUACCUAUGCAGUGCCAUGCGGUCCCCCCUCCGAGGAAGAAGUCGCCGAUGCUAUACGAAAGUUGCGCAAGAAUAAGGCACCCGGAGAGGACGGUAUACCCGCUGAAAUCUUUAAGUCUUUUGUCGACACUCUGGCGCCCUGGCUCCAUGAGGUGAUUGGACGAGCGUGGAGAGACGAGGUUGUUCCUGAUGACUGGGGCUUAGGCAUCCUUGUACCUAUCCUCAAGAAGGGAGAUAAGACGAGAUGCGAGAACUACCGCGGCAUAAGUCUCAUCGACGUUGCUGCGAAGAUCUUCGCCAUUGUCCUACUCAGGCGAUUCCAGGCUGUGCGUGACUCAAGGACGAGGCCCAACCAAGCCGGAUUUCGUGCUGGACGUGGAUGUGCAGAUCAGAUAUUCACACUGAGGCGCAUUCUCGAAUUUCGCCAUAGCUACCAACAACCGACGGCCGUCUGCUUCGUUGACUUUGCCGCCGCGUUCGAUUCCGUUCACCGUGAGUCCCUGUGGCGGAUAAUGAGGCUAGAUGGUGUACCGGCAAAAAUCAUCGCCAUGAUCAAGGCCUACUAUCGUUCCACUACUGCGAGAGUCCUGGUCCGUAACAAUCUUUCCCAACCGUUCGGUAUUCGGUCUGGCGUUUGACAGGGUUUUAUCCCGUCACCCAUACUGUUCAAAUACGCUAUUGACUGGAUCCUCGGGAGGGCCCUACGCGACAGUGACGGCGUUGAAUUUGCACCCGGACAUCGACUGACUGAUCUCGACUAUGCCGAUGAUAUCGCCUUACUUGCUUCAAGUUUUAGUGAUCUGCAGUCUAUGGUGUCACGGGUGAACGAGGUCGCUAAAUCAGUCGGUUUGUCCAUAAACGCUGGGAAGACCAAAGUAUUCUCAAGCUGCAUCCCUGACCAGGAGAAGGCACCCCUGGGGAUUAAUGGCUGUCAACUUGAAGAAGUGGACAGUUUUAAAUACCUCGGGGCGCGGCUGCUGCCUAAUGGACAGAGUAAGGACGACAUUGUCUCCCGAAUCGAUGCUGCCCUCUGGGUUUUUUCAAGCCUUCGGAAAUGCCUGUGGAACCGACGUGACCUCUCCAUCGCCACUAAGAUUCGCGUCUACCGUGCAUCUGUCCGGUCUGUCCUGCUCUACGGUUGCGAAUGCUGGGCUUUGCGCGUGGCGGAUGAGCGAAAACUGGAGGUAUUUGACCACCACUGCUUGAGGAUCAUCCUUCGAGUGAAGUUAACCGACUUCGUCUCAAAUGAGAUAGUCCGCGCUCGCUGCGACAACAUCGCGAGGAUAACUCAGGCCAUCCAAGAAAGACGACUGCAGUGGUUCGGGAAUGUUCUUCGUCGUCCACCUCAGGAGCUCAGUGUUACUGCCCUCGAUCCGGCACCGUUGCCCCAUUGGAGGCGUCGAAGAGGGAGUCAGUUCAAAACCUGGCUCGACACUGUCCGUCAAGACAUGGAGGUGGUUAUUGGACCUUCGGUAUUCGGUCUCCGUCGUUGGCGAAGGGAAUGGGUUGAGCUGUCUAGAUCUGCUGCCGCGGAUCGUCACGCGUGGAGAGGUACAAUUCGGGACAUCAUCGAGGCCGGCUAGAUCAGGCAUGAUCGCAGUCGUAUCAAGUACAAAGUAAGUUAAAUUAUGACUAAGUCCUUUUAAACUGACUCAAAUGGAAGAAGAGAUAUAGUUUUGGUAACAAGCAUAUUCUACUACACAUCCUAUAUUACGUUUUUCCAAAUGCAACAUUUUAUUUCACUGAAACGCACUGGAAAUAAAAACACGGGGCACUUGGACCAACCGGACACUGAACAUACUAGAAGUGGCCCUUUGCAAGAAGUGGCAUACACUGGGUGACCGAGCUCAUGAAAUGUCGGCGGAAAUUCUAAAAUGCGCAUUCGAUUAGGACGGAUUUCUAAGGUGGAGUUGUAAUACUGAUUAUUGCGCGGCAUAAUCCUAUAGCAUUUCAGACUCGGAAGGAAGUUGGCUUUUGAAUGCACCUCUUGUAGACACCGCAUUCGAUAAAAAAUGACUGCUUAAGUAGCAUAAUUUUUCUAAACUGAUUGUCGAUGAUCUUACAAAUUGAAGUAUAUUGUAUAGAAAAAAUGCGCAAAAUAUGCUUUCUUUUACUAUUUUGAUAGAAAAGCCCGUUGUCUCUACAUUUUAUAUUCAAAAGGGGUAUACGUAGAUUUUAAAAGUUUCCUAUUAUGAGGUUAUUUAAGACCGUGCAAUGUCCAUUCAUACAUCAUCGUGCAUGUCCGUUUACCAAUGCUCCUCAUGAAAUGUGCAACAUAUUCUGCAUCCAUUGCGAAAUUUUACGAACUGCAUAUGGUUGCUUCCUAAAGACAUAUAGGCAUAUAUGAUUUUCAUACGCGGAAUGCAUGCGCCUUGUAGACUGAAAUCGCUAAACGCAAAUGCAACGGCUGAUCAUCAAAAUUAUUCGGGAAUUGGGAACUUUUUCGAAACCGAAAGAGAUUCUUCCUCGAGUUUAAAACUGUGAAGACAACGGGAUUUUUCUACUACACGUGCAGAAUAAAACACAUUUUUUGCAUGUCUUCUGUAAAAUGUAUCUACAUUCAGAAGACCAUCGAAAAUCAAUGUGAAAAAUGCAUGCUACUUGAGUAAUCAUUCCUUACCGAGUGCGGUUUCUACAGGAGCCCGAAAAGAAGUGCAUUCAAAGUCGACAUCCUGUCGAAUCCUUAAUAUUACAGGAUUAUGCCGCAUAAUAAUCAGUAUUAUAACCCAAUCUUAGAAAUCCUUCCUAAUCAAAAUCGCAUUUUAGAACUUCGGUCAACAUUUCAUGAGAUCGGUCACUCACUGCAUAUAAGAAGUCAGUUUUACGUCAAUCCUACCGGCUAUUUAGUAACGUGAGUAAUUUUCCGUGAGGUUUGAGUACCCUAUGACUGCUACAACUGUCACUAGAAAGAAAACGUCAGUGUAAGCUACUGAAUUCGUAGAAACUAACGAGUAGUCUUGAUUCUAUUGGAGAGAAUAGAUAAGACUGACCUUAUUUUAUCAAAGGUGCUGUUAAUAUGCAUUCGUUAAUCUCCAGAAGUACAUUUUCGGGGGUUUAAACCAGCGGACGUUUGCGUCUAAAAUGGUAUUUUAAACUUCGUUCAGUAUUUCUCAUGUCUACUUCGUAAUAGUGGGCUUAGAGACGUCUGACUACACUUCACGCCUUUCUGACAAAGACGCUGUUUAAUUUUAAAAAAAGUAAAGGCAUAGAUAUGCGACGUUUUUAGUCAACAUGUACAUAUAUGUGUGUCAUAAUCAAAAGUGCUGCUUCAGGGUUGUGAAAUUCCCAUGGGCUUCUCGCGCUUAAUUAAAAUUCAUCUUGUUUGCUAGACAGCGCGCACUGAGAUUUGGCCUCCCGCCCUCAUUUCAUUAAAAAUUUCAUAACAAGUGAGGCACAAAGUGCCCUAUAAAAAGCGUGAUCUACGCAGGGGAUUGAAAAGAGGUUCUGUCGAAGGCCAGCAUGUUGGCCUAUAGUCCUUCAAAAGCACGAUCUAUCACGCUUAAACAUACUGAACUAAUUAAUUUGGUAUUGUACUCAGUCACGCAACAUUUACGUCCUAUGGGCAAUCUUUUCUGCAUGUAAGAAUAUGUACAGACUUUAGUCCGUGUUUCAUUUGUCCUUGAAUUGAAGGAAUUUCAAGAGGUUUGACGACCACUUUCUGACAAAAGCAUGUGACGGAGUACGGCGUUCCACGCGAAUAGGAAGCAAAACUUCUUUAGUUCACGUUUUUAGUCGGCUAGUAGUUUUAUGAGUCUUUUGCUAAUAAGCAGAUAUUUACUUACAAAAAACAGUAGGAAACUUUGGUGGGCAGUUGACAGCCUUAUAUACUGCUAAACAUCCAUAAAAAAACAGCUGCUAAAGUCCUGAUUGACUCCGAGGUCUUGGAAAUGCCGCAGAAUGUGUAACUGUAAAAUCCGGAGGUUAGCCGCACUUUUUCACAAGUAGAAACGCUUUAACAUGACAGAAGCGGUGCAGUACAGGGGUGACUUACUGGUGCGAUUUUUGCUAACGAACUUUUCGAUGGGUUAGACAGGCCAGCAAUUAUGUCAGCAAGUGUUCCAUCGAACGUCCAGAGGGAGUUGACAUUUGUGGAACGAGGCCUGGAGUUGUUUCGGUUGAUAAGAUUUUAAUAAAAGUAAAAAUUCGUCUAUGACGACACACUUGUUUUCGAUUUUAUUUCAUAAAAUCGACGGAUGUUGGUGACUGCGGUGAUAAUAAUAAUAAUAAUAAUAAUAAUAAUAAUAACAGUAAUAAUCUCAGAAAUUACUAAAUGCAGGACGAGGUGUUAAGUAUCCGGAACAUGCCUUUUUGGGUUUCGAUCAGAAAUAUCAAUGAACAUUUGACUCAAAAACAAUCAAACACUGGAAUUACAUUAUGUCCAUUCUGCAAACAAGUUGUAUUACUAAUAGUGUAGUUUUUUAUGGCAGAUGGCUAUACCGCACUCGCAAUAUAGGUACUAAGAGUCCUGAUUAUUCUCCGGAGCUCACAUACCAAAAGCCGCAUAGAGAACCCGACCCUCUUGCAGUUGCAUUGCUCAGCGACAGAACCAUCAGUGGAAGAUGAGUCUGGGCUUCAGAUGGUACCCAUGUCAAGAGUAUGAAUUUGUCACAUAUACGGCGAAUGAUUGAGGUUAUGCGGGGCCCAGGCGUUCGGAUAGAAAGGGGAAGAAAAAGAAGAUGCUGAUGAUGAUGCUGCUGCUGCUGCUGCUGCUGUUGCUGCUGCUGCUGCUGCUGCUGGUGAUGAUGAUGAUGAUGAUGAUGAUGAUGAUGAUGAUGAUGAUGAUGAUGAUGACGUCGCGAUCGACGGCUUCUACGACGUGCGCAACAGAACGGGCCCAGCCCGAUGGCUGCGCGCGAAUUAG